AUGCAAGAUCUCGAUGAGGACGAGACCAUACAGAGCCUCGUACAGCUCAAAGAUCUCCGCAGCUUCGAGCAGCAGCAGGCCAGCGGCACCAAGAUUGAAGAUAAACAAAGAGAGAAGGAAGAGGAAGAUGGCGAGACUUCGAAGACAUAUGUCCCGGAAGCCCUGGCACCGUCCACCGAGAGCGUAAGCACCCUGGCAGGCUUUCGAUCUUCAAUCAGGGAGGAAGAAUUCAGGCCUCCGCGUUCGAUCGCUGCAAUCACGAAUGAGGAAAAACUCAAGCGAGCCGAGCGACGCAAGGCAGAGGGCAAGGGACGUAAGCACGAUCAAGAUGAGAGCGACUCUGACUUCGAGAUGAACGAAAGCGAAGACCCUGAAGAGGAAGAGGAGGAGGAGGAAGAGGAAAGCGAAGAUGCGAGCGACGACGAGUACAGCGAAGGUGAACGCAGCCGCCGCCGUAGCUCGAGGGAGAGCGGUGCGAGCCGCAGACGCGAACACUACGACAAGGAGACUCUCUUCUACGUCAACGGCACUCUCCGCGAGCGCAACUUUUCAGAUGGAGGGAACGCCUCACCGUCGUCGUCGCUCCUGCAUGCGCCGGGCAGCGCUGGGGCCAACGGCCGCAUGGCGGCCAUGCUGGACAAGUCCGCGGCGAGCAAGCGUAAGUACAAUCGCUUCAACCGCCGCAACCUCUCGUUCGACGAUCGCUGCCAGCAGCUGGUCGAGUUCAAGCACACGUACGGCCAUUGCCACGUGAAGCGAACGCAUCCCGGCGAGACGAAGGGACUCGCCUACUGGGUCGAAAGGCAGAGGAUGGCCUGGAGGAAGGGCACGCUCGAGCUCGACAAGAAGAAGCGGCUGGACGACAUCGGCUUCGUGUGGGAGGCCGGGACCAAUGGCAGCGGAAGCGACGAGCUUCGCGAGUACGAGGCCCUGCACGCCAGCAACCGAAUCAAAGCCGAGUUCGCCGAGUCUCAGUCGAAUCUGCUUGCGGAGCCGCCAGGCGCCUUUGAAGGUGGCCACUACGAGGGCAGCGAGAGCGCAGCGCAACGAGACCCAGCCGAGGGCGACGCUCCCGCCGCCGGAGGCAGAGGAGAAGCAGAGCGCAGUGUCGUCACGGGCGAGGCUCCAGUCCCUCGUGAGGAGAGCAGGGAGCGUAGUCGAGACGACACAGUCACGCGCAGAGGUCGGCUAAAGCUCGAGGAGGCCAAGUCCUUCGACGACUGGUGUGCCCUGCUACAGCAGUUCAAGGACAAACACGGCCAUUGCGACGUCAAGAGGCGCUACUUUGGCAAGAACAAGGGGCUGGCGUACUGGGCCGAAAGGCAACGAGCAUCGAGGCGUAAGGGCAGUCUCGAGGAGGAGAAGAUUAACAAGUAA